GGGCGCUAAGGUGGCCAAUGGAGGGGCGGAGCAGGAGACUGUCAGGGUUGGGUGCGCCGGCCGCUAAACGGAUGGCAGAGGGAGAGGAGCUGAGCCCGGCAAUACCCAACCCAGCUGUUUGAGUGCCAUCCGUCAUUAUCUUUGAUGCCAAGAUGACCAAGCUGGGAUUUUUGCGGCUGUCCUAUGAGAAGCAAGACACUCUUCUGAAGCUUCUUAUCCUGUCAAUGGCCGCUGUAUUAUCUUUUUCCACACGUCUGUUUGCUGUUCUGAGAUUUGAAAGUGUCAUCCAUGAGUUUGAUCCGUAUUUUAAUUAUCGAACUACCCGGUUCCUGACUGAGGAGGGAUUUUAUAAAUUCCAUAACUGGUUUGAUGACCGGGCCUGGUACCCUCUGGGGCGAAUCAUCGGAGGAACAAUUUAUCCAGGUUUAAUGAUCACAUCUGCUACAAUCUACCACGUGCUACAUUUUUUCCACAUCACUAUUGACAUUCGGAAUGUCUGCGUUUUCCUGGCCCCUCUCUUCUCUUCUUUCACCACCAUCGUCACAUACCAUCUUACCAAAGAGCUCAAGGAUGCAGGUGCUGGACUGCUUGCUGCUGCCAUGAUUGCUGUGGUUCCUGGCUAUAUAUCCCGUUCUGUGGCAGGUUCCUAUGACAAUGAAGGGAUUGCCAUCUUCUGUAUGCUGCUCACCUACUACAUGUGGAUUAAGGCAGUAAAGACAGGCUCUACCUACUGGGCUGCCAAAUGUGCCCUUGCCUAUUUCUACAUGGUCUCCUCAUGGGGAGGUUAUGUGUUUCUGAUCAACUUGAUCCCUCUCCACGUACUGGUGCUGAUGCUGACAGGGCGCUUCUCCCACCGGAUCUAUGUGGCUUACUGUACUGUGUACUGCUUGGGGACCAUCCUUUCUAUGCAGAUCUCCUUUGUGGGUUUCCAGCCUGUCCUGUCAUCAGAGCACAUGGCAGCCUUUGGGGUGUUUGGUCUGUGCCAGAUCCAUGCCUUUGUGGAUUACCUGCGUAGCAAGCUGAAUCCUCAGCAAUUUGAAGUCCUCUUCCGAAGUGUAAUCUCCUUGGUUGGUUUCGUCCUCCUCACUCUGGGAGCUGUCCUCAUGCUGACAGGAAAAAUUUCUCCCUGGACGGGACGUUUCUACUCUCUGCUGGAUCCUUCUUAUGCUAAGAACAACAUCCCCAUCAUUGCUUCUGUGUCUGAGCAUCAACCUACCACCUGGUCCUCUUACUACUUUGAUCUUCAGCUCUUGGUCUUCAUGUUCCCAGUUGGCCUCUAUUACUGCUUUAGCAACUUGUCUGAUGCUCGGAUCUUUAUCAUUAUGUAUGGUGUGACCAGCAUGUACUUCUCAGCUGUCAUGGUACGUCUGAUGCUAGUCCUCGCCCCUGUAAUGUGCAUUCUUUCUGGCAUUGGGGUCUCCCAGGUCCUCUCUACCUACAUGAAAAAUCUGGACAUCAGUCGUCCAGAUAAGAAGAGUAAGAAGCAACAGGACUCUACCUACCCUAUCAAGAAUGAGGUGGCAAGUGGGAUGAUCUUGGUCAUGGCUUUUUUCCUUAUUACAUAUACUUUCCACUCAACAUGGGUCACUAGUGAAGCCUACUCUUCUCCCUCUAUUGUGCUUUCUGCACGAGGUGGAGAUGGAAGCAGGAUCAUAUUUGAUGACUUCAGAGAGGCGUACUACUGGCUUAGGCACAACACUCCAGAGGAUGCAAAGAUCAUGUCAUGGUGGGAUUAUGGUUACCAGAUCACAGCUAUGGCAAACAGGACAAUCCUAGUGGACAACAAUACCUGGAACAAUACUCACAUUUCUAGAGUAGGGCAGGCUAUGGCAUCAACAGAAGAGAAGGCCUAUGAGAUCAUGAGGGAACUUGAUGUCAGCUAUGUGCUAGUCAUAUUUGGAGGCCUCACUGGAUAUUCUUCUGAUGACAUUAACAAGUUUCUCUGGAUGGUCCGCAUUGGGGGGAGCACAGACACAGGGAAGCACAUCAAGGAGCAUGACUACUAUACUCCAACUGGGGAGUUCCGUGUUGACCGGGAAGGUUCCCCAGUGCUCCUCAACUGCCUCAUGUACAAGAUGUGUUACUACCGCUUUGGACAGGUCUACACAGAAGCCAAGCGUCCACCAGGCUAUGACAGGGUCAGAAAUGCUGAGAUUGGUAACAAAGAUUUUGAACUUGAUGUCCUAGAAGAAGCAUAUACCACAGAACAUUGGCUGGUCAGGAUAUACAAGGUAAAGGACCUGGACAAUAGAGGCUUGUCAAGGACAUAACCAUCAUCUUCACCUCCAAUAUGCAUCGCACUGAAUUCGUCUUCACCUAGGAUGCCGCAGACAUUGUUUUUAUAUGCAGUUUGUAAGAACAGGGCAGAAUGGGAUUGGAAUUGCCUGGAAGUUUUGCCCAGGGCAAUAUAGGCCGGGCCAGGUGGAAUGAUUUUUAUAAUUAUAAGCAGGUUACCAAAUGAAAUGUCAUGGCUUUACCAUGGUCAAUUAAAGAGGGAAAAAAAUUUUUAAAUGUGUUUUAUUUGGUUUGACUUAAUGUGACUGACACAUAGCAGCAGACAAUCUCAUUGCUUUGAAAGAAGGGAAGAUGCUAGGCCUGAUAUCUACAUUAGAGAUCCCUCUCCUAAAUAAAUUGAGGGUAAAGCCAUUCCUUUUUCCUUCAAGUCAGCCAAACUGUCGAGGAUUGGAUUGGGUACUUCGCAGAAUCUGAGUUGAAAGAGACCUCAGAAGACAUCUAGUCUAAAAUGUGUACAAGUAUAGGAAUUCUCUCUUUAAAUCCCCAACAAGUAGUCAGUCAUCUCAACUUCCUUCACUUGAAGACCUUAGUAAAGGGAAACAUACCACCCCCUCAGGCAGCCCAUUCUACUUUUGGUUAGCUCUAGUUGUUGGGAAGUUUUUCAUUCCUUUGAACCUGAAUUGGCUUUUCUGUAACCCAUCUUUCCAAGUUCUGCUCUCUAGGCCCAAGAAAAACAAUUUUAAUCCCUCUUCUGUAUUAUAGGCCUUCAGGUAUUUGAAGUGAGCAGUCAUGUCCCUUCUAAGUCAUCUGUUGUGCGGGUUAAAGAUCCCCAGUUCUUUGAUUAACCCUAAUGGCUGCUCGUCAUCCCGGCUCCCCUGCCUCUGGACAUUCUCUGGCUGGGCUCCAGAGUUCUUAGAUUUGUUGCCCAGGAUGUAUAGCAUCGUAACUCUAAUGUGACUAGGUCAGAGUGCCUUCCUUUCCUGUUCGGGAUGUUUUGCCUCUCAUAAUGCAGCCUAGGAUCAAAUUAAUCUUUGCUGCUGCCUUGUCACACUGUUGACUCCUAUUGAGUUUACCCCCAGAUCUUUUGCAUACAAAUUGUUGGCCAGCCUUGACUGUAUUUGUGAAGGUGAUUUUUUUAAAAACCCCAACUAUAAGACUUCAGUUUUAUAUCUGAUGAAUUUAUUUUAUUUGGUUCAGUCCAUCAUUCUAACCUGUUGAGGUCUUUUUGUAUCCUGCAUCUCUUAUCCAUUAGUUAUCCCUGCUGACUUUGUGUCAUCUGUGAAUUUGGUCAUGGCAUCUGUACUUCAUUUAAGUCAUGGAGAAAAAGGUCUGCAACAUAGGGAAAUGGAAAAGUCCUUGAAACGUUCCACCAGAGAACUCUCUCAAUAGGACAAAAAGCUAUCAAGGGCGGUUUUGCAGUCUGGUUAUUUCAUCCGGUUUUGAAUGUACCUAAUUAUACCAUUGUACAUCUUCCAUUUCUUUCUUUAUCUCAUUCACAGUGAUAGCAUAUGAGACGUCAUCUAAUUCAUCCCUGAAAUUUGGAUAAAAGAUAUCUUAUAGGGGCAGCUAGAUGGUGCAGUGGAUAGAGCACCAGUAAUCUCUUUCAGGAGUCAGGAGGACCUGAGUUCAAAUCCAGCCUCAGACACUUAACACUUACUUGUUGUGUGACCCUAGGCAAGUCACUUAGCCCCAAUUGCCUCACUUAAAAAAAAAGAUAUCUUAUAGCAGCCCCUUAUCCAUCAUCCUAACUCUGUCAGAAAUGGAAAUGUGUUUAGUCAAUGAAGCCAGCCUGGGUCUUGGUUAUUAUUUCUUCCUUUUUAUUAUUUUCAAAAAUUAAAUUAAUAUUUUGGAGGCAAUCAGGGUUAAAUGAUUUGUUCAGGGUCACACAGCUAAUAAGUAUCUGAUGCUGGAUUUGAACUUGGGUCCUCCUGACUCCAGGGCCUGUCUAUCUACUGUGCUACCUCGUUGUCCCCCUAAUGCUUUCUUUUUAAAACAUUCACACUUAUACCUUUAAUAUGUUCUUGACUUUUGCCUAAAUUUGAAGUCAGAUUUACUAGUCUACACUGCAGAAUCCAUCCUCUGGAAACAGGGAUAUCUGCCUCUCUUUUUUAGCUUUGUGACACUUGUUAUCUAUUGAAAGAUCACUGACAAAUUCAUCCAUAUCAUCUAGCAUUUCUUUCAAUAUCCUGCAGUACAACCUGAACUCAUUGAAAAUAACUGGAUUCUUUUUUAUCAUGUUCUUAUUUAUCUUGGAAUUCCUUUUCAACGAUUUUUGAUCAACUUCACAAUCGGCUUCUUAAUUUAAGAAUUAAAAAAGUCCUCCUUGAUAGAAAAAACAGGAACAAAAUAAGAGUUCAAUAAUUCUGCUUUCUGUCAUCCCUUAUCAUUGUGUUCUUAUCCCCUCUUUGAUCUUUCUCAUGACCCCAGUAUAGCUUUUUAAAAACCCUUUUUUACGGGGCAGCUUGGUGGCGCAGUGGAUAAAGCACUGGCCCUGGAUUCAGGAGGACUUGAGUUCAAAUUCGGCCUCAGACACUUGACACUUACUAGCUAUGUGACUCUGGGCAAGUCACUUUAUUGCCCUGCUUAAAAAAAAAAAAAGCCCUUUUUUUUGUGGCCUUUAACAUUCAUUCCCAGCCUAAGCCCAUUUUGAACUUUAGUGUCCCUGACACUAUUUUGUUUGUAUGUUUGGUUUGCCGGGAAAUGGGGGUUAAGUGACUUGCCCAG